CCUUCAUCUGAUCAGAUCAUCGAUCCGCGAUGAUCGAUCAGUGUCCGCAGCCGCGCUGAUCAGGUGCUCAGAGUCCGCGGCGGCUGCACGAGGCGACAAUCAGCGUAAUCAAUCACACCUGAUGUGAGCCGCGGCGCGGGGAGCAGCGCGAGCCGCAGCGGGAGACAAUCAGCUGACCGGAGGACACAGCGGCUCUGACUGCGGGUUCGGGACUCCGGACUGGUUUCUGGGUCACGUGACCGAAGAGCCGCAGGUGCGAUCCCCGCCGGAGGUGAAGAGGCAGCGGAGGGAAAUCGGCAGGUGACCCAGUUUGCUUUAUUGCUGUAAUGUACACUGUGAGGAGCAUCUGGAGAGUGCAGGAAGAGGAAACACAGGACAGGAUGAAGCAGGCGAACAUGGAUUUCUGAAUCUGACAAACUCAGUGUGCGUCCAUGUUUCUGUCCAAUAGCACACACACCGUGUGAUCGUGUUGUUAGAGGCCCAGUCUCCACGCUCACGGGCUCUGAGGUGCGUUCACGGUCGGCCCGAGAACUGCAACUGCACGCCCAGUUAACAGCUAACCAACCAAGUCGGCCAGCUGACUUGUGAAGCAGUCCUGUGGUGGAGUUCAGGCUGUUGGAUGGCCACAGGAGUGAACUACUGCAGCUCUUAUGAACCCAGUUACAAGGUGAGUGAGUGUGUGUGGGGCGGCGAACAGGAGUCGAGCAGCGAGGAGGGAGGAGGCGGGACCACAUGGGAAACACAAGCCAUGGAGGUCAAAGGUCAACUCAUCUCAGCACCUGACCCUCUCACCUGUACAAACAGGAAGGAGAGGGAGCGAAUGGCAGAGCUGCAGGAGAGGAGGCGGAGCCUGCAGGCGCUGCUGAGCGCACGAUUGGCUGAGCUGAGACGCAUCUGUCUACAAGAGGCGGAGCUGACGGGUGCGGUGCCCAGUGACUUCCCCCUGGAGGCGGGAGAGAAACCCCCCUGCGUCCGACGGAGAGGUGGGACGUCUCGCCAAGGGAACAGGAAGUGUCGAGCAGAGGAGGAAGACUCUCAGCGUUCGAAGCCGAAGAAAACUUUAUUCAGCGGCGCUCUGAGGAAACACAGCGACUCUGAACACAACAGCAACACACAGACACAAACACACCACGGCAAGAGGACUGUACACAGAGGCUGCCACACAGACGACACAGUGAGGUCAGAGAGCAGCUCGACAUCAGACUCCACAGGACACGACAACGAUGACGGCGUGUCUCAGUGUCGCCCCCCGCUGGUCUCUGCUGGUUCUCCUGUGGAGGUUUUCUACCAGAACCGAACCCGGAGGAACUCGGUGCUCAGCAGGACCAACCAUCCAGAGUCUCUUCAGACCCACAAGCCCCUCCCCCUGCCUCCCUCCCACCCACCCCCCCUCCCCCUCUAUCCUCCCCCUCGCUCUCAGGACUCCUCCUCCUCCUCCGGCCCCUCUGAUCCAGGAGCAGCAGGGGACGGGGGGGUCAGGGGUAACGGCGCUCGUCACAGUAACAGCUCGGACUGCCUCCUGGACCGCAUCGCCACCCCGGAGGAGGAGGGGGGCCCGCAGCAGGGGGGAUUGUGGGUAAACGGUCAGCCGGGGUCCAGAGGAACGAACGCCGCCGGGAAGUUCAGGAGCUCCGAGGCGCUGACGGAUGGACGGGCGAGGUUGAGUAAUGGAUUCACUGAGGGGGGAGGGGUGGGGCGAGGAAGAGGAGGAGGAGGAGGAAGAGGAGGGGGGUACAGCGAGGUCCUGCUGGAGUACGUGUGGGGGAAACAGCAGCAGCUGCAGCAGCAGCAGUCCCAGACCAGCAACAGGCAGCCAAUCACAUCACACCACCAGCUGCUCUACAACGGCUUCUCCUCCCAGCAGCCCCCGGGAGCUCCGCCCACGUACCGCGGCCAGGCGGGCGACCAGCGGAGAGUCAAAGUGACCCGCACAAAGUCCUGCGGCCCCUUCCUCCCGGUGCCGCAGGGCCAGACUGAUUCCCAGAUUCCCCCUCUGUCUGCCAUCCAGCCAGACCCCCACCCCCACCUGCUGCCCCCCCGGCCACCACAGCUGCCCCCUGCCCAGGACGCUCAGCUGGAGGAGGCCAACAGGAGCCUCCACAAGGCCCUCGCCCUGGAAGGUCUGAGGGACUGGUACCUGAGGAACACGAUAGGCUCCACCCACCAAACCCAGGCCAACGGAAAGGUGAACGCAGGGGUCAACGCCAAGGUCAAAGGUCAGGCCGGAGGGGGAGGAGCUCCGCAGGGCAGACGGAGGACUCACGGCGGCAUCCAGCAGUCGUCCUAUCAGACGGAGACGGGUCAUCAUCACGCGCCGCCGCAUCACAAACAGAAGCUGCCGCAUUCGGCCACGUUCCACGGACACCCGCUGCACGGCAGGUCUGUGGACAGCUCUCUCUACCACGACUCCUUCCCUCCUCAGAAACAGGAAGUUCCUCUCAGAGACCUGACCGUGGAUCAGCCGUCUCCCGGAACUCUGGUCUGACCAAUCAGGACGCUGAGGGACGGAUACACAGGCCAAUCCCGGGCUGGCUCCCCAGGAUCCGCAGACUUUGUGGUUCUCCUGAAGAACCAGGAGAACCUCCGGCAGCUCAGCGUGAACGCCGUUCAGGUUACACCAGCAGCUUCUCUCAGGCUCCGCCCACACGACUACGUUCUCGUUUUAAAACUCAGACCUUCUGCAGCUGCGGAGCAGACAACCUUCUUCCUGUUUACGCCGGCUCGCACACGCUCAGUGUACGUGAACGGUCACGUGCGUAUUGAGUCGUUUAGUACAGACGGAGAUCAGCUCUGAUGCGGAGCUGAAACGCUGGUGUGGACGCAGAUCGUAGUCGUGUGGACGUAGCCCCAGUUCACCUGAAACCCCGCCCACCAUGACGUCACACAUGAUGUCAGGGUGGCGUCUCUGACGUCACACGUCAAACUGCAGGAUUUGUUUUUAAAGUUUUCUACGACGGCGUCUUCAAUCUGUUAUCAGACUCUGCUCAGACAAUCAAACGCAGUUUUUAUACGAUGAUGAUGAAACUGUUGCACCAGCUGACACCGCCGCCGUUUGUCUGGUCAGAUCAGCUCUUGCUAAAGGUUAAACUGAUCAGAUCAGGUGACCUGUUUGAUCCCUCAGGUGAGUCCAGGCAGAAACCAGCAGGUGAGAUUCUUCAGGUAUUCUUACAGUUUGGACUCGACGCCUCUGCACUAAACGUUAAAGCGCCGCUGCAGGUCGGUCCUGCUCACUUCUUUCCUCGUCACAUAACCAGGAGUUCCUCGUUCCUUUCACCCGGUGAAGAACCAGGAACACCAGAACGUUCCUCUCUCUGACUCUGAGCAGCAACAGAAAGUUUAUACGCACAAAGCCGUUCUCUUGGUGUUCCUGUCUGUGUCUCUGCACAGGUGCGACGACUCGUGAGGUCGGUUCUGUUUUCAUGUUUGUUUAUUUUUAAUUAAAUUGGUGAUACAGAAUGUGUAACAUGAGUCACACCGAGAACAUUUAGCCUGACAGGUGCUUCACUGCUGGCCUGUUACUUACUUCAGGAACCAUAAUUUCAUACCGAAAAAAUUGAAAGCAAACACAAAUUAAGGGAGAACAUGAGAAACAUGACACCAUGAGAACAGGACAUCAUGAGAAACAUAACACUAGGAGAACAUCAGAACAGGACACCAUGAGAACAGGACACCUAGGAACAUGGGAAACAUAACACUAGGAGAACAUCAGAACAGGACACCAUGAGAACAGGACAUCAUGAGAAACAUAACACUAGGAGAACAUCAGAACAGGACACCAUGAGAACAUAAGAAACAGGACACCUAGGAACAUGGGAAACAUAACACUAGGAGAACAUGAGAAACAUGACACCAUGAGAACAUGGGAAACAUGAGAACAUGGGAAACAUGACACCAUGAGAACAUGGGAAACAUGACACUAGGAGAACAUGAGAACAGGACACCAUGAGAACAUGGGAAACAUAACGCUAGGAGAACAUGAGAAACAGGACACCAUGAGAACAUGAGAAACAGGACACCAUGAGAACAUGGGAAACAUAACGCUAGGAGAACAUGAGAAACAUGACACCAUGAGAAACAGGACAUCAUGAGAACAUGAGAAACAUAACACUAGGAGAACAUGAGAAGCAUAACACUAGGAGAACAUGAGAACAGGACACCAUGAGAACAUGAGAAACAGGACACUAGGAGAACAUGAGAAACAUAUCACCAUGAGAACAUGAGAAACAUAUCACUAGGAGAACAUGAGAAACAUCACUAGGAGAACAUGAGAAACAUAUCACUAGGAGAACAUGAGAACAGGACACCAUGAGAACAUGAGAAACAGAACACUUGGAGAACAUGAGAAACAUGACACCAUGAGAACACGAGAAACAGGACAUCAUGAGAACAUGAGAAACAUAACACUAGGAGAACAUGAGAAGCAUAACACUAGGAGAACAUGAGAACAGGACACCAUGAGAACAUGAGAAACAGGACACUAGGAGAACAUGAGAAACAUAUCACCAUGAGAACAUGAGAAACAUAUCACUAGGAGAACAUGAGAAACAUCACUAGGAGAACAUGAGAAACAUAUCACUAGGAGAACAUGAGAACAGGACACCAUGAGAACAUGAGAAACAGAACACUUGGAGAACAUGAGAAACAUGACACCAUGAGAACACGAGAAACAGGACAUCAUGAGAACAUGAGAAACAUAACACUAGGAGAACAUGAGAAGCAUAACACUAGGAGAACAUGAGAACAGGACACCAUGAGAACAUGAGAAACAGGACACUAGGAGAACAUGAGAAACAUAUCACCAUGAGAACAUGAGAAACAUAUCACUAGGAGAACAUGAGAAACAUCACUAGGAGAACAUGAGAAACAUAUCACUAGGAGAACAUGAGAACAGGACACCAUGAGAACAUGAGAAACAGAACACUUGGAGAACAUGAGAAACAUGACACCAUGAGAACACGAGAAACAGGACAUCAUGAGAACAUGAGAAACAUAACACUAGGAGAACAUGAGAAGCAUAACACUAGGAGAACAUGAGAACAGGACACCAUGAGAACAUGAGAAACAGGACACUAGGAGAACAUGAGAAACAUAUCACCAUGAGAACAUGAGAAACAUAUCACUAGGAGAACAUGAGAAACAUCACUAGGAGAACAUGAGAAACAGGACACCUGGAGAACAUGAGAAACAUAUCACUAGGAGAACAUGAGAAACAUAACACCUGGAGAACAUGAGAAACAGGACACCUGGAGAACAUGAGAACAGGACACCAUGAGAACAUGAGAAACAUAUCACUAGGAGAACAUGAGAACAGGACACCUGGAGAACAUGAGAAACAGAACACUUGGAGAACAUGAGAAACAGAACACUAGGAGAACAUGAGAACAGGACACCUGGAGAACAUGAGAAACAGGACACCUGGAGAACAUGAGAAACAGGACACCAUGAGAACAGGAGAAGGAACUUCCUGUCAGUCGGUCUGACGAGGACUUCAGUCUCUGCAGGACUUGGAGUCAGAAUCCAGAUCCAGUCUGAGAGCAAUAAGAGGAUCGAAGCUUUUCAACUUUUCAGGAUGAAAAUAAUUUGCAGCGACAAUCAGACGAUGACGUCACAGUGUUGACUGAUUGAUAAAUAUGUUUAUUGAUCGACUGAAUGGAGCCUGUUUUUGUACCGAGCUUCACACUUUUAUAAAAAUGUUGGACUCGACAUGAACGAAAUGCAACUUUUUAACACGUGAAAUCAGUGUUUUAUGGAGGUCUGAUGAUUCUUAUCAGUAUGUUUAUUACUGUUCAAUAAGUUGUCUGUCUGUCGACACCCAGAGCAACACAUUCUCUCUCCAGGCUCCUCACAUAUGGACGCUUGGUCAAGACCCCUUGGCCUCACUUUUUAACAUCCUGGGUACCCUUUAACGUCGUCUAACAUAGAAACAUAACACUAGGAGAACAUGAGAACAGGACACUAGGAGAACAUGAGAACAGGACACUAGGAGAACAUGAGAAACAUAACAUUAGGAGAACAUGAGAAACAGGACACCAUUAGAACAUGAGAAACAACAUUAGGAGAACAUGAGAAACAGGACACCAUGGGAACAUGAGAAACAUAACAUUAGGAGAACAUGAGAAACAGGACACCAUUAGAACAUGAGAAACAUAACAUUAGGAGAACAUGAGAAACAGGACACCAUGGGAACAUGAGAAACAGGACACCAUGGGAACAUGAGAAACAGGACACCAUGGGAACAUGAGAAACAGGACACCAUGGGAACAUGAGAAACAGGACACCAUGAGAACAUCAUAGUUUGGCUUAAAAUAACAAUGUUACGUGACUUAAGUUACGUUAAAUGUGUAAUUUAUGCCGCUUACAUAACCUAUUUAAGGAAUAAAAACACUCAGUGUUGACUGUCAUAUA